AGGCCCAAUCACAGACGGCCAAAUACAGCUGCGGAAGUGCCUGCCUGACACGGGCGUCUUAGCUCCUCUUCUCUUUGCACGUUCAGCAACUGUCAAGAGGUUGAAAGUCCAGGCGCCAGUGUCGCUGCAGCCUACAGACAGAGAAGUGACCGGUGCGGGGAUGUCGCUCAACGGAGAAGUCUUGAUCCGGGCCGCGGAAGCGCCGCUCUUCUGGCUCGGUGCCCUGACCGCGGCCUGGCUGUCCGUGUGCUCCGUGUGCCGGCUACUGUCCGGCUUCAAGGUGUGGGUGCUGGGCAACGGACGUCUGGUGUCUCCCAACAACUUGGGAAAGUGGGCAGUUGUAACAGGAGCCACAGAUGGGAUUGGGAAAGCAUAUGCAGAGGAGCUUGCCCGCAGAGGAUUUGCCAUCGUUCUGAUUAGCCGCACUCAGGAAAAACUCGAUGAGGUGUCCAAGGCAAUCUCAAGCAAAUGUGGCGUCGAGACCAAAACGAUUGCAGCAGACUUCAGCGCUACAGAUAUUUACACCAAGAUUGAAGAAGGCCUUGCGGGACUGGAGAUUGGAGUGCUGGUAAACAAUGUGGGCAUAUCCUAUACCUACCCCGAAUUCUUCCUCAACCUUCCCAACCUGGACACUUUUAUCGACACAAUGAUCAACAUUAACAUAACAUCGGUGUGCCAGAUGACUCGUCUUGUUUUACCUCAAAUGGUAGAAAGGAAAAAGGGAGCCAUCCUAAACAUCUCAUCUGCCAGUGGGAUGUACCCGGUUCCUCUCCUCACCGUCUAUUCUGCCUCCAAGGCAUUUGUGGACUUCUUCUCCCGAGGACUGCAAGCUGAAUACAAAAGCAAAGGGAUCAUCAUUCAGAGUGUUUUGCCAUUUUUUGUUGCCACCAAGCUGAGUAAAAUCCGUCGUCCUACACUGGACAAGCCCAGUCCAGAGCGCUACGUUGCAGCCGAGCUCAACACUGUUGGGCUGCAGACGCAGACCAAUGGAUACCUGCCGCAUGCUAUUAUGGGUUGGGUGACUACAGCUCUGCUUCCAGCCAAGAUGCUCAACAGCUACGUGAUGGGGAUGGGUCUGUCCCAGCGUGCUCGUUACCUCAAGAAGCAGAAGCAGGGGUAGGGGGAUCAGAUGGACGCUGGGAGCCGCAGCAAGCGAUGGAGGGGACCAGCUGCAUUAAUGUCGCGUCCAACUGCCAUCAUCAUCAUGGACCAGGCAAAGAGAAUGUGACAGUUUCUGGGCAAUAUCUCAGUUUUCCUCCUGCAAGUGAUAGACGAUGUGAGCCAGUCUCUACAUGCGCUCAACCCAAACAGUUGUGUAAAGAAACCAUUGGACUAACUGGUGCGUUCAGUAAACAGCUUUAAUUAGACAUAGCAACUAAAACAAGACCAUCUGUUUAAGAACCGUAAUGGGAAAUUAAUCUUACGAGAGAAAGGAGGAUUUAAAGUUGGGAUUAUAAGAUCCAUGAUGUCUCAGUCUUAACAUGUGUGCUUUGUGGCUCCUGUUUGCUAAAAACACUGGACGUGUAACUUACUUUAAAACAUGAUUUAUUGCAGUUCCAUUUGGGUUAACAAACAUUUCCUCUUUUUUUUGUGUUGCAUAUAGAUUUAAAUUCUUGUUCUUCAAAGCACUAACACAAAAUCAUUCCACAGCUUUAGCUUUAUUUUUGGUUUAAUGGGAGCAAUGUCUCAGGUGUUUUAGUGUUUUUGACAAAGAUACUCCUGUAGCUGAAGCAAAUACUUUGAUAAAUGGAACACAAUCUGUCUGCAUUACCAGCAAAGAUGAAACUGUGUAAAAAUAUAGAAAUGUGUGACUGUUUACAAAUUAAAUUUUGGUCCGACGUUCGCCAUCUGGUAUUGUGUUGUCCAUUUACUCCAAAGUAUGUAAUGGUGGUGGCUCUAACAAACCAUUGGUACAGAUUAGAACAAACAACAUAGACUUCUUUCUGGAUAGCUUUUAGGUUUAUAGAAUUUCAGAUCUUCCAUUUCAGUUCUUUCAUUUCAACCUGACUGUUUUUUGUCCUGCAUUGUAGAAAACUUGUACCCAACAUUUCAUACUUAAUCCACAAGUGCAGCUUACAGGAGUUGCUUUGCCGCUGAACUUUUGCUGAAGAACUGUAGCAAUAUCUGAGCUGCUUGUAGUUUUGAGCGUCACCCCAGAUGAUUGACUAAAUGUCGAAACCUAGAUUGCUUUUGUUCUUCCUGCGAUCAAUAAAUAUGCUCUGAUCAA